AUGCCAACUACUAUUACAAUUGAGUCAAACUCUCAACAAUCGCCAUCCAACAGCUCCUCCCGCUCUACAUCACGUUCUGCGGAAUCGUAUACUGAAGACGAAGAAGGAUCGGGGGUGCGUGUCCCAUCGCGUCCAAACUAUACGGACGACGAAGACGAGUCUUGGGAAUUGUACGACGCCGACGAAGUAAUUUCACCGUCGGAGUCUGCCUCACGCCCAGCGUCUCGCCCUCGAACUGGUGCAAGAUACCGACAAAGCGAGAGUCGUCCUCCCCCCGCUUCAAGACCUACUCGUCGACACACCACUUCUGAAAAUCCAGCCUCUCGACGACCACCUGUUGCUCGCAUCCACCGGCACGCACCGGCACCACCAUCCAGCGUGGACCCCAACGAGGACUAUCCGGGCUAUGGCCGAGGUUUCCCUGCUCCACCACCUGGACAAUUUGGUGGCAGGGCACCUGGGCCAAGCUACGCCCAAAGUGCAUUCUCAAACUAUGCACCACCUCCAUUCGCUCACGGGGGGCCUGGAGCUUUAACUCAAUAUGGCCAGCAACAGUCGCCUUACCAGCAGUUCGGUGGCCAUCAGGGAAACCCAUUCUCCCCUCAACCUAACCAUGGCCCUGCUGGAGCUGGCUACUUUGCACCCCCUCCCGCGGCGAGCCAUCACCCCCUGUCUGGCCAUAACACACCAGGGCCAGGUUAUGGCCAUGAUAUGAUGCCCUACCCACCUCCACCACAGCAAUACCCUGGACCGGGAGGCUACGGAGGAUAUCCGCCACAUGUGGGCCCUCCUGGUAUACCUCCACAGCACAUAUAUCAGUAUGCUCAACCUCCUCAAUGGCCGCCCAGCGAGCCUUCAGUUGUCCCCGAUCCGGAGACGGAGAAGAAGUUGGUAGCGAUUGAACAGGCGAUGGCAGCUCAGAAGCUUGGGUACGAAAAGGCACAGAAAGAGCUUGCGGACCGUGAUGCUAAAGAGGCAGCGGCAAUUGCUGCGGCUGAACAGGCUAAGAAAUCUGCUGAAGAGAAAGCCGCCUGGGAAAAGCAAAUCGCUCAAGAAAAGGAGUUGUUAGAAGCCAGGAAUAAAGCUGAAAAGGAUGCUUUAGAAAAGAAAAACGCGGAGGACAAAGCAGCCCUUGAGAAGCAACUUGCAGACGAGAAAGCUGCAUGGGAGAAGAAAGUUGAGGAGGAAAAGAAAGCGGCUCGAGCUCAAGGAGCCGAGAAUGUUCGAAAACAAGUGGAAGCGGACAAGAAAAAGGCGGAUGCAGAGGCGGCUGAAGCUGCUGAGAGAGCUAGAAUUCAAGCAGAAUUGCAAAAACUUAGAGACGAUGCGGCUGCUGAGCAGAAGAAGCUAAAAGAGGAGGCGGCUGCAGAGGCAAAGAGAUUGAAAGAGGAGGCCGCGGCGGAAACAGAGAAGUUGAAAAAAGCUGCGGCAGAAGAAGCUGAAAAGGCCAAAAAAGAGGCGGAAGCUGCUCUUGCCAAAGCAAUUGCUGCAGGUAAACCUCCGGAGCCAGAGAAACAGAAACCUCUGAAGUUUAAGGACGCUGUUGGACGCAAAUUCAGCUUUCCGUUCCACCUGUGUGCAACAUGGGCUGGUAUGGAAGAAUUGAUCAAGCAAGCAUUUUUACACGUAGAAGUCAUUGGACCCCAUGUAGCAGACGGUCAUUAUGAUUUAAUAGGGCCAAACGGAGAGAUCAUUCUACCCCAGGUUUGGGAAACGAUGAUCGAGCCAGACUGGUCAAUCACAAUGCACAUGUGGCCAAUGCCAGAACCGAAGCCAGAUCCAGGUCCUCAACAUGGCCAUCACAAUCCUUUCCAUCCCGGUCACGCGCCUGAACGACCGCGCAGCAGACACGAACGAGCCGGUGAAAGACCGCCAAUGGAUCCCCGCCUUAGAGCUCAGAUGGAUCCUCGGCAACGACCUGUGGAUCCAAGAGGUCGCGGAGGAGGAGGUGCUCAUGGGGCACCUCCACCACCACCAGCCGGCGGUAUCUGGCCUGGACCUCCACCUGGACAUAGGGGAGGACCAGGUCUUGGUGUCGGUCCCGGUGGUGCUCCUGUAGUUGUGAUGCCUGGUAGAGAAGAGCGAAAUGGUGGCAAAGAGCGAAAGUCGAGCAGCAAAUCUAAAGGAGGAGUCUUGGGCUUUCUAUCAGGAGGAUCCGCGCCGAAGAAGUCGUCUUCGUCGGGAAAAGGAAAGGGUAAAAAAGGCUGA